ACCUGCGACCUGUCCUUCUACGAGGAGCUGGUCGCCUUCUGCCGGCGCGAGGAGAUCUGGAUCAUCUCCGACCUGGCCUAUGCGGAGGUCUACUUCGACGGGCCGCCGCCGCCCUCCAUCCUACAGGUGCCGGGCGCCAAGGAGAUCGCGGUCGAGUUCACCUCGCUGUCCAAGACCUACUCCAUGCCCGGCUGGCGGAUCGGCUUUUGCAGCGGCAACCCGAAGCUGAUCGCCGCCCUGGCGCGGGUGAAGUCCUAUGCCAAGGUCGCGGUUGCGCCGGGCGUCGGUUUCGGCGAGUACGGCGACGGCCACGUCCGUCUGGCGCUGGUCGAGAACCUGCACCGCACGCGCCAGGCGGUGCGCAGCAUCAAGGCCUUCCUGCGCGCCCAGCCGGGGCACGGGGCGGGCGAUAUGACGAACGCGUUGAAGAUCGGGGUCGCCGGGCUGGGAACGGUCGGCGGCGGGGUGGUGGAGCUGCUGGCGGCCAACGGCGAGACCAUCGCCGAGCGCUGCGGCCUGCCCAUCCACGUCUCGGCCGUUUCCGCCAAGGACAAGCGCAAGGACCGCGGCUUCGACGUCUCCAGCGUGCGCUGGUUCGACGACGCCGUGGCGAUGGCGGCCGACCCCGAGAUCGACUUGGUGGUCGAGCUGAUCGGCGGCGCCGACGGCAUCGCCAAGACGGUGGUCGAGACGGCGCUGGGCCGCGGCGCGCCGGUGGUCACCGCCAACAAGGCGCUGGUCGCCCACCACGGCACCGCCCUGGCCCGCCUGGCCGAGGCCAACGGCGCCGCGCUUGCCUACGAGGCGGCGGUCGCCGGCGGCAUCCCCGCGAUCAAGACCAUCCGCGAGGGGCUGGCGGCCAACCGCGUCGAGCGGGUGCACGGCAUCCUCAACGGCACCUGCAACUUCAUCCUCUCGACCAUGCGCGAGAGCGGGCGCGAGUUCGGCGAG